AUGACCUGGAGCACGCGGACUAAGAAAGCCUUCAGCUCCCCAGCGGCUUUUCUAAAGGCCAUCGAAACAAAAGAGGUCGACGGGGAGAAGGCUGCUUACAAUGAGGAUCUACUUCCAACCGAACCUGAACGACGAUCCUGGGGGUGGAUUCACUUCUUUACAUACUAUCUGACAACAUCUUUCUCACCCACGAGCUAUAAUCUCGGUGCCUCCUUGGCCACCAUUGGUCUGACGUGGUGGCACACCCUCAUUGCUGCAGUGAUAGGGUCGGUCUUUCUUUCAAUAAUUGUCGUUCUCAAUUCGCGCGGUGCAACACAAUACCAUGUCGGAUUCCCCGUCAUUGGCACUGCUGCUGGUGGUCCACGGGGCGCCAAGUUCUUCAUUUUCAUCCGCGGUGCGGUGGCCGUCAUUUACUUCUCCACAAAUCUGUAUUAUGGUGGAAUGUUGAUGGCGAUCCUGCUGCGAUGUAUAUUUGGCUCGGCGUGGGACAACAUACCUAAUCUUCUUCCUAUCAGCGCCGGUAUCACUGGUGCGAAUCUGCUGGCCUUCUUUAUCUUCUGGUUCUUCCAGAUGGGUCUAAUGUUUGUGCACCCUAUUGUGCUCAGACAUAUUUUCGUCGUCAAGGCUUUCUAUAGCACCAUCGCUCUGGUCGCGGUUCUGGGCUGGGCUGUACACCAGAAUCAUGGCUCGCUCGGUAGCUUUCACUUUGAGGGCCAGGCCGUUCUUUCUGGCUUGCAACUUGUCUGGCCCAUGAUUUCAGCUAUAAACUCUAUCUGUGCUGCCCUGUGUCCCAUUCUGAUCAAUCAGCCUGACAUUGCGCGAUACGCACAAAGACCAUCUCAGGCCACUUGGUCCCAAAUCUUGGGGAUCUUCAUCAGCAAAAUUAUGAUCAUGUUCCUCAGUGCUGCAACUACCAGUGCUACCCAAGGAUUCCUGGGUACAUCUUACUGGAAUGUGUGGGAUCUUUACAAUGCUAUAUUAACCACCUACUGGGGCCCAGGUGCUCGAGCGGGUGUUCUCUUUGCCUGCUUGGGCAUGGUUCUUGCUAUUUUGGCCUCCAACGCCGGUACCAAUGCACUCCCCGCGGGAGCUGAUAUGAGCGGUCUCCUACCGCGAUAUAUCAACAUUGUUCGUGGACAGAUCAUUUGUGGUAUCUUGGGUCCUUUAUUGUUUCCUUGGAAAAUCAUUGCCGAUGCGAAAAGCUUCUUGACUUUCCUGUCAUCGUAUACGGUCUUCUUGAUGCCCAUAUGCGCCGGGAGGAAGGUACCCCCCUACACAUACUGGAAGGGUUGGAACCUUCGUGCUAUUGUGGCGUGGCUUUCUGGCACCGCAUUUGUCAUUCACGGUGUCGCUGGGGCCUUGGAACCUAGCCUGACGAACCAGGCUAGCAAGGAUAUGUAUAAACUUGGAUUUCUGCUAAGCUUCCUCGUCGCCUCAAUAGUUUACUAUGCUGCCUGCUUGAUCUUCCCCGUGCCAAUAUACCCUGGGGGAAAGGAGGGCAUGCCCAAGACAUGGGAAUAUAUGGCGGGCUCUGAGGGCUUCUUUGAGGGAGAGAGCGUUGAUACUAUCAGGCUCAAUCACGGUGCUAUCACUGGAAUUAAGCUCGAUGGAGGCACCGAGAAAGACAUUUCCCUUACCUCGAAGGAGAUCGUUUAG